AUGAGAAUUCCAAUAGAAAAGGCAGUAACAGCAAUAAAUGAUGUAACAUUAUUACAAGAAAGUAUGACUUCUGAGGAAUUGAGAAAAUGCAAAGAAUUAAAUCGAAAAUUAAUGAACCAACCUGAAUCUCCUGCAUUUAAUACACCAGUUGAUCCAGUUGCACUUCAAGUUCCAACAUACUUUAGUGUAAUUAAAAGACCAAUGGAUUUAGGAACCAUUAAACACAAUUUAUCAGAUAAAAAAUAUAUCACAAAAGAAGAGUUUCAAGCUGAUAUGUUAUUAGUAUUUGACAAUGCAUUAUUAUUUAACCAUCCAGAUUCGGAGGUUUAUCAUUGGGCAGUUAAGUUGAAAAAACAAUUUGAGACGUUAUGGAAAAAUGCAUUCAAAGAGAAAAAACCCGUAGAUACAAAAACUAAUGUUACAUCGCAUAAUGAAACAUUAAAUAAAGUAGAAGAAAAGAAGCCAGAAGUGAGUAAUUCUAAGAAAACACGAGCAUCUUCAAGAAAGAAAAAUACUAAUAAACCAUUAACUAAAGAAGAGAUGAUUAAAUUAAGAAGUGAUUUAAAACAAAUUGAAAAGAACAAAGACAAACUAAUUGAAGUACUUGCUGUGGUUAAUGUAGACAGUAAAGGAAAGAAUGAAGUUUCACUUGAUUUAAGUAAAUAUACCACACAACAACUUAGAGAAUUACAAAGAAUUUUAAAAGGAAAAGGAAGAAAAGAUGGAGAUUAUGAUGGUAAGACUUACGAAGAAAAGAUGCAACAAUCUAUUCAAGAACUUGAAUUGUUAAAGAAGAUUCAAGGAGAGCCUGUAAAGAAAAGUGUUGUUAAUAAACCUAAAAAAGAUGAAGAAAGCGAUAGUGACAAUGAAUUGUCAUCGUCAUCAUCUCUUGAUUCAGAAGAAGCAAAUUUGAUGAGAAUGACUGAUGCACAUUCAAAGAAAAUGUAA